UAAAAGAGGUACUUUGGAUCACAUUAAAUGGGUUAUGAGUUGUCAGGCUACUUUGGAGUUGACACACAAGCUAAAAGUAAAGCCCCGAGGUUAUGGUCAUAUAGCUAUCAAGGUGCCUGAUGUCAAUGUAGCCUGCAAAAGAUUCGAAGAAUUAAUUGUUGAAUUUGCCAAAACACCCGAUGGUGGCCGCAUGAAAGGUUUUGCCUUCAUUAAGGAUCCUGAUGGUUACUGGAUUGAAAUAUUCGAUGCUGACACAGUGACAAAAUGAAAUUUCGUAUGAAAAAUCCUAUUUUAUGAUGUAUGAUAUCCAAUGUACUAUAUGUAAUGCCAUACACAUAGUGAUAAGUAUUCUAAGACCGGUCUUUUACUUAAGAAUCA